AUGAGACAGCUACUGGUUUUGGCAUGUCUGCUCACAGCCUGUUUUUGCAGAAAGACCUUUAAGGGAGACCAAGUUCUUCGGGUUACUGCAGGAGACGAUGUGCAGAUCAAUUUGCUAAAGAACCUGACUGACCAGCACCCUCAACUGAAUUUCUGGUUGGAGCCGGUUCAUGAAUCUCUACCUGUCGAUGUCCAUGUUCCUUUUCACAGUCUGCAGGAUGUCAAAGGCUUUUUGAAGAGCAAUAAGAUCCAAUAUAAGAUCAUGAUCCAAGAUCUUCAGAAUCUUGUGGACGAGGAGCAGCGUCAGAUGCUGAAGUCUCGUACUCAUCAGCCUAAAAAUACAGACGAAUUCGACUACACCAACUACCACACACUGAGCGAGAUCGACAGCUUCAUGGACAUGUUGGUGAAGGAGAACUCUAGUUUUGUUAGCAAAAUUAAGAUUGGUGAGAGUGUCGAGAAACGCCCUCUCAAUGUACUUAAAUUCAGCAAUGGUACUAACCGACCUGGUAUCUGGAUCGACUGUGGUAUUCACGCCAGAGAGUGGAUCUCACCAGCCACUGGAACCUACUUUGCCAAGAGGAUUGUGAUGGACAGAAACCGCGUUCCCACUUUAAAAGAUAUUCUUAUGAAGUUUGAUAUCUUCUUGGAGAUCGUAGUCAACCCUGAUGGCUAUGAAUACACACACACCCCUAAAGGCCGCAUGUGGCGCAAGAACAGGAAACAUAUUCAAGGAUCUAAGUGUAUCGGAGUCGACCUGAACAGAAACUGGGAUGCAAACUUUGGAGGUGCUGGUUCUAGUAACGACCCUUGCAACAACAUCUACCGUGGACCUAGUGCUAACUCCGAACCUGAGGUCAAGGCCAUUGUGGAUUUUAUUAAGUCCCAUGGCAAGAUUAAGGCCUUUGUGUCCAUGCACAGCUUCUCUCAGAUACUGCUCUAUCCCUACGGUUACACCAAAAAACCCUGCAAGGACGAAAAAAUGCUGGAUAAACUGGCCAAGGAGGCCAUCACGGAGUUGCAGGAGCCAUACGGGACCGUAUACAGAUACGGCAGUCCCUUCAACCUCCUUGGACAAGCUAGUGGCAUCUCAAUGGACUGGGCCUAUAACCAGGGCAUCAAGUACAGCUACACCUUUGAGCUGAGAGACAACAACAGUUUUGUCCUGCCUGCCGAUCAGAUCCUUCCAACUGCUCUGGAGACAUGGCAGGCGCUAAUGGCUAUAAUGAAGCACACCAAGAAUAACCCCUACUAG